CGCGAAUCAGCUAUGAUCAAAGCUCGGAGAAUACAGCAUGCGUUUCGAUUACACAGCAGCAGAAUCAUAUGAAUUCUGGCUAAACUUCCCGCAAUACAGUCUGAUACAGUUCGAAGCUCUUUUCAUGCGGGCUUACGGGCUAUUCCUCAUUCCAAUUUCGUGACAUGAUAUGCACGGACUUUCAACUUCAUCGUAGAUUCACAGCUGCUAGAGAGACCCAUGCGUUUCUGGUUGUUCUGGACAGUAAACUAACAAAGUGUUCCAGCACUGCUGCACUCUAUGAUGAAUUUACAAUCAUCCCUUACUCGCCUUGCGGUUCUUUUGGUGACUGCCAGCGUUACUCGCGCUUGGUUUCGUCUCCCGUGCACUAUUCCCCUCGUACAAGAACGAGUUGACCCCAUAAUCUCUCCCAACCAAGUCCCGUCCCAGCAUGUUCAUACCGUUCACGGUGCCUACAAUUUUAAGGCUGACAGCACCUUCGACUCCUUACGGACGUCGAAGUGUACAUCGUGCCAGGUUUCUCAGGAUCUUUCCAAUUACUGGUUCCCGAAGUUGUAUUUCCGGGACCCCAAGACGAAAACCUUUGAAGCGGUACCGAACGGAGGACUACUCAUCUACUAUCAGAACCGUGGAAAUUUAGAUAAAGCCAAUGGCGGCCCUGGGCUCAAAGCUUUCCCGCCAGGCUUCAGGAUGCUAUCCGGAAACCCAGUUUUGAGAACCAAGAAGACCACGAAUGGAGCGGGAACUCAACAAGAAUUGGCAGAACGAGCGAUUCAAUGGGCAUGCUUGAGAUAUACGUCUACCGCCCCAAGCUAUAACGGAAUCGGAGGGUUCCCAACUACGAAUUGUGAAGCCGGAUUCCAAUCCCGACUUCACUUCCCUGCAUGCUGGGACGGAAAGAAUGUCGAUAGUACAGACCACAAAUCGCAUGUGGCCUUUCUCUCGAUGCUCGACAACGGCAGCUGUCCUCCUACGCACCCAAUUGGGCUCAUGAAAGUGUUCUACGAGGUUACCUGGAACGUUGACGCAUUCACUGGACGUUGGCAGGAGUCGGAUGGUUGGCCUUUCGUCUAUGUAAGCCUGAUGAUAUCAUUGCCCAUAUCUCAUUUGGUGGACGCAUCUCACCGUACCACCCUCUCUAGGCUACCGGGAUACUCCUGGCACGGAGAUUUCCAGAACGGAUGGGACGUCAAUGUUUUCCAGGAAGCCAUCGAUGAAUGUAAUAACCCCAAUGACGAUACCAUCAACGGUGUCGCCGACGCAUGCAAAUACUUCACAAUGAUACCCGCCGCGACUGCUAAAUCAUGUCAGCUAGCGCCCGUCGUGAACGAAGCUGUCAAUGGAACGUUGUCCAAACUCCCUGGAUGCAAUCCAAUUCAAACCGGUCCUGGAGAUGCUACCCUCUACACAGAGGCGAAUUGUCCGAACUAG